CCCGUAUCCACCCCCAGCUCGCGCCUCGCAUUCCAUCCAUCUCUGCCAUUCCCUUUCCGUUCUUACACCCUUUUUUUAUCCUUUUUUAUUUUGUUUUCGAGCUAUCCUUAUUUUCCUUUACUCGAUCCCCGUUCUACGCCUACAUUUCUGUCACCCCCGAAAUUUCACCGUCUUCGCUUAUCAAUCGCGCAUUGCACGCUGUGGGCGUGUCGCAUCGCCUCCUUCACCUAACUCUCCAGGGAGCUUCGUCCGCGCAAAAUCCCCUUCUCUCCCCUGAUUAUCUAUACGAUUCCAUCCGAUGAUCCUGGCCUGACGCGCUCAAUCAGAGAACGACUAUCUAUCGUCGUCGUGAGCGUCUGUUCCACUUUCGUGACUUGUCCUGUCGCGUAACAUCAUUUCCUUGCUUCCCUCUCUUGCCAGAUUCGAUCCUUUCUUUCUCUAUCCAUCUCUCUCCCCGUCUCUUCUCUACAACCAGGGUGGUUUUCCGCUUUGCGACUUUUGAGAGGGCGCCUUUCCCCUCGACGGGACUCGAGAGGCACACCUCAACCGCGAUUCUUCCCAUUCCGUCCUUCAUUCCCCAUCGAAUAUCCUGCGUCGGUGUGGCCAUUUGGUGAGGGAUGAGUAGCAGUAGCUCCAGCCAGUCUACUCGCGAGAGCCCAGCUUCCUACGGCACCGCUCAACGCACCGCGUCGGUGUCGUCCGCCUCGCCUCCUCAUCACUCCCUCUCUUCAUCCCAGGCAGCCUCCGCGGCCCAGAAUGCGAUGUCGACUGACGUGUAUAUCCCUGCAACUUCAUCGCAGCCAUUAGGCUCCUUCUCCUAUCCUUUCUCCUCUCUCGGUCCUUCAAUCCCGCUCGACAGCCUUUCUCAGAGCACCAUGUUUCUGGGCGACUCGGACCUUUCAACCCAGAGCCUCAGCGGGUUUUCAAGGUUCGGAAACGGUGGCGUGAUCUUGAUGCGAAAGCUUCCCAGGAACACUAGUCGCGAGGCUCUCCGUAGCAUGCUGCUCUUCGCCAAGGACUUUGUCGAUGCUGACUUCGUGCCCACAGAGCUACCGGAGGACAGCGGUUUUCUGACUGCCAUCGCCCGCUUCGAUACCCUUGCGGCCGCCGAGGAAGCGAGGGCGCUGCUCGAUGGCAAGCCCAAUUCAAAAAACGACGCAAAUAUGAUCGUCGAGGUUUUGAAUGGCCUAGCCGGAUCAACCCUGGGUGCCAGGCGUAAUACGGUCGACCACACUGCCACUCGCAGCCUGCUGGGCACCGUCUCAACAAACGGGCCCGUAUCCCGCCAGUCGUCACGAUUCAACGGCACUUUCCAGAGUCUCGAGAGGCUCACUGCUCCGAACCAGUCUGUGCAGUCUAGUAACGAUACUCUACCCGGAUCCGAAUCUGGCUCGAGACUCCACAGCCUCUUCUCUCCUCAAUCGCCGAUCGGGAAUGGUGCCAGCGAUCUACCCCGCGUCAGUGGCAAGUCCAUGAUCGACCAGGAUCCGGAUGAAGAGACUGGCGAACUUCUCAAGGACCCUGUUGGCUAUGCAGAGAAUGGUCAUUCCUCGUCCAUCUCGGUCCCUCGACGAUCUACGAACCCUCAGAUUCCUACCAGCCGCUUGGCCGGCCUGUCUCUGGCAGCCAACGUGUCGUCGCCACCUUUGGCGCAGAACUACGUGACUGGCGGGCCGGGGCGUAUGGUACCGGCGCCCGCCUCGGCUUACUCUCAGGCCGUCAAUAGCAACGGGAUAAGCGGGAGCCAUGGAUUUCACUAUGGCCCUCAGCAUACGCAACGACACAGUCUCCCUGCCGCAAACCCGAACGAUCUAAACCCCCCAUGCAACACACUGUAUGUGGGGAAUUUGCCUCCUGACACCUCCGAGGAAGAACUCAAAGCCUUGUUCUCCAAGCAACGCGGAUACAAGCGACUAUGCUUCCGGAACAAGCAAAAUGGACCGAUGUGUUUCGUGGAAUUCGACGAGGUGGCAAUGGCCAGCAAGGCCCUCAACGAGCUCUACGGGUACAAGCUUUCCAACAGUGUCAAAACUGGCAUUCGUUUGAGUUUCUCGAAAAACCCUCUGGGGGUCCGCUCCGGCCAGCCUGGAAGCAUGAAUUCGGCGAAUCCUUUGGCCUCGCAAGGAUCUCUGUCCAAUACUCUUGGUGGUCUGCCGCACCACAUGUUCUCGACGGUAAGUGGACCACCUCCGGGGCUCGCAGUGCCUCCUGGCUUGUCCAUGCCUGUAGCCUUGAGGAAUGGCGGUCUUCAUCCAUCGGCAAAUCCGCACGUUUCCAUGGCUAAUGGCGCGUUCAAUCCGAAUGCUGGAUUGACCAUGAGAAGUAAUGGCAUGAACGCGAUGUUAAUGUCAUCCCCUCCGCUCGCUGGAGGCGUCGGUGGCACUACUACACCGCCCAACCUGGGGUCCUUCAACACGUAUUAUCCAGACUACAUGAUGGGUCGGUAGACAUAUUUCACACCUUCAAUAAUGUCCGGCAUGUUUGAUGACAACUGGGUUGUCUGGCGCAUUUGGGAAUUCCUCUUUUUCACCAGCUAGAUAAGCAUUUGGGGGCUCCACUCCUAGGAUUUUUUUUCUUCUUCUUUUUUUUUUUUUUUUUCAUGAUUACGGCUCUCGGGGUUUUUCUUUCUUCUUGCUUUGGUUCUUUUUCUACAUUGUUCAUUCGCACAGCAUGGGACUAUGGGCGCUAUUUGCUGUUACUUUCUAUGGCUACCCUUGGGGCGAAGGGGAUGAUGAUUGCAUUGCUCACUUCUUCUUUUGUUUCUCCCUGAAUUGUCUGUUUCUUUUAUCCCCUUCUCAUCCUGUUCUAGAUUUCGAUUCGAUGCCGAUUCUCUUUCUGCUUUGACUAGUUACCCGGAUCAGAGCUGUGGUUUGUACCUUCAUACCCCUUGCUUUCCUGUCUGCGUUGUUUGAGAGCCUUGUUUAUGUUUUCUAUUUUCAUCUUUACCUUUCCUACUUCAAGUGAUUCCCCAUUGGCAUUCAUCCGUCUCUCAACCGGCGAUUGCCGGAGUAUUAUGACGCAUGGCUGGAAUCGUUUCCUUUCCUCUUCUUUUCUCUUCCCCCUCCCUUUUUUUCCCCUUCACCUUUUGAUCCCCCCCUGCAACUUCGCUGUGGUCAUCGAUCUUCCUAUACUCUGGAUGCUUCAAGCAUCUCUCUUUGCGCCUUGCUAUAAUACUGAGCCAAUCUUAUUUUUUUCAUGCUCUGUUUCUAAUAAUGUUUCUUUCUUGUUGAUUUCAUUCCUUCAGUCUUUCACCCCGAAAUUGUCAUGAGCUAUGCAAUUCAUGUUGCUAUGGAUCAAACGCAACACAUGCUGUGGAAGGCGUUUACUCUACACGGGUACAAUGAUAUAUGUUCUGGGAAUCUUCAUCUUGUUAUGCUAGGCGGAGGAAAUGAGCUUAUGGUGGACUUCGCUGGAUUGUGGUGCUUUGCUCAUUGAUUUUAAGUUAACCUGCCUUGUUCGCAUUGUUUCAUGUGCGAAACGGCCUUGCUUGAGUUGAGCUGCGCUGGCUUAUAUUAUUGCGAGUCGAUCACAUUUUGCCUUCUUUCUAAGGGACUGGGACGGAAGACUGGAAAAGGGACUUGUUUACGUUUACGGAUCGGUAUAUUCUUUUUUCUCUUGUCAUUCUUAGAGAAUUGCUUUGUGAAGAAUUGAAAUGGCUGUUUGCUGGGAUGAUGUCCUUAACUGUAAGCUGAGCUUGGACCUCAAUAAACAAGUUGGAUAGUCUGCAGAAGAACCUUCUAUGGAUGUGCCAUUUUGCUUCAAA